GUAUAGUUGUAGCCUUAUAAAUAUUUAAAUUGUUUUUCAGCGAAAUUUACAUUUUCUUUUGUUGCUUAUUUUUCUCUGUGAAAAUGUCUGCUUAUAAUCAGUAUGGUAUGGCUCCAUUUAAUGGAAAAUCUGAUUUUAGCAUUUGGAAGCAAAAAAAUUAAAUGUAUUUUAAUACAACAAAAAUGUUUUAAAGCAGUUGGCGAAACCUAUUUAAUUUCUGACACAGAAGAGAAAAGGGCUGAAAUGAAUGAAAAUGCAUGUUCUGUGAUUUAUUUGAACUUAUCUGACUCUGUGAUUAGAAAAGUUGGAAUUUUAGAAAGUGCUAAAGUUCUUUGGAAUAAAUUAGAUGAACUGUAUACUGAAACCUCUUUGCCUAACCGGAUAUUUUUACUUGAGAAAUUCUUCAAAUUUAGACUAGAUAUGUCUAUAGAUAUUGAAGAAAAUCUAGAUGUUUUUACCAAACUUAUUUCGGAUAUUAAGUUGUGUGGUGAUAAGCAUAUAGAUGAUUAUUCUCCCAUUGCUCUUUUAAAUGCUAUUCCUGAUUCCUUUAGUGAUGUGAAAUCUGCUAUUAAGUAUGGUAGAGAUAAUGUGACUCUUGACAUUGUAGUAAAUGGUCUUAAGAGUAAGGAAUUAGAUUUAAAACAGAUGGGUGAGGGUAGAAAAUCCGAGGAAGUUAUGCAUGUGAGGGGUAGAGAAAAUAAUAGUAGACGACAUAGAUCUAAGUCUAGGUCUAAUUCGAGGCGUUGCUAUUAUUGUCACGAACCUGGUCAUUUCAUAAGAGACUGUCCUAAAUCUAGGAAAAAUGAGCAUAGUGAGCAUGCUAAUUUGACUACGUGUGAAGAUGAUUUAGGUGAUGUUUUUAUGACAAAUCUAUGUGAUUAUGACUACUUGAGUUCUGUGAUAUCUGAUUCUUUGGAUAAAUCAGAUUGGGUGGUAGAUUCUGGUUGUACUUUUCAUAUGUCCCC